AUGCCCUUGACACUCCCUACAUUCGCACAAUCAUUGUUUCAAGCACUUGCUGUUUGGUUGAUUACCAGCUUUGUAUCUGUCCCAAUAUCGUUCUUUUUAGCUUUUUGGGAUUUUCCAAAAGCAGCCUAUAAUAUAUUCUUUGCUGAACAACCUAAUGUAAUAUUUAUCACGGGUGCGAGUUCGGGCAUUGGUGAAGCGAUUGCCGUCAACUAUGCAAGAAAAGGCGUCACAUUAGGACUUUUAGCUCGCAAUGAAGAACGCCUUCGUCGGGUUGCACAAAAAUGCGAGAACAAAGGUGCAAAUGUAGCAAUAUAUAUAUGUGAUAUCAUUAAUAUCAAACAAUUAAUUCAAAUUUUGGAUGAUUUUGAUGCAAAACAUCCGAUUGAUUUGAUCAUUGCAAAUGCGGCAAUCGCGGGUGCUACAAGAGAAAGUCGAGAAAAUAAAUGGGAAGAUUACUGGGAUAAAAUAAUUGAAGUGAACUUGAAGGGUACUCUAGCAACCGUUAUGACCGUUUACAAGAAGAUGCAACGGCGUAGAAAAGGCCAAAUUGCUAUCAACUCUUCGAUUGCAGGGUAUUAUGCGAUACCGCAGAUGUGCUAUUAUAGCGCGACAAAAGCUGCCUUAAACUCGUUUGGUCGUGAUCUACGAUAUUUGGGUUACACUCAUAACAUAAAGGUCUCGGUAAUUACACCUGGUUUAAUUGGCUCACGAAUGACACAAGAUCCUAAAGCACCAUUGCCUUUUCCCGGUUGGCUUAUCGCUAGCCCUGAAAAGUUGGCAAAAAUUGUAGAGUGGGGAUUACGUCAAGAUAUUUCAGUUAUUGCAUGGCCAUUUUGGGAGUUCUUGCCGUCAUAUGUUAGCGUAACGCUUCCCCUGAGAAUUGCAGAGCUCAACACUAUUCUUAUAGGUCUAUUGUGGAGCUUGGUUUCUGUAGAUGUCAAUAGACCGAUUACUUGA